AUUGGGAGCAGUGUUGAACAAGAUCUUGUUCAGGCUGCGCACAUUUAGCGCAAACGCAAUAAUAUUUAUUGUGUCGAGCGUGUAUACCCAAUUACUUUUUAUUUUGUAUACUCUUCUACGAUUUAUUUACAUUAUCGCUUCUUUACGUUAUUCAAAUAUUUUUGUUCACCUUGUAUAUGACCAUGAAAUGAGAAACAAGUAGUAAAGUAGCACCACACCAGUGAUGAAGAAUCUUCUGAAGUCAGUCGAGAUGCGCGAAUUAUUACAUUUCUCUUGUCAAAUACAAAAUAUAUGUAAUUUCGCGGUAAUCUUUCAAAACUGACCGGUGAAAGGACAUAUUGCAAGAAUUGUUUGUGAUGUGCAAAUAGUGUAUUAAAAAACGUUUUACAAUUUGCAGAAGAUUCUCUGCAGAAGAAAAUAAUGCAUGUGACUUCGAAACACGGAAGUUAAGAUGGCAAACGAGCACUUGUUUGCGUCCUUGCUAGAAGAUUCGUUCUCCGAUGCGGACAACAGCUUCGAGAAUUAUUCGUCCAAAUUAAAAGAUGCUCUGGAGAAACUCACAGAGAAAUUCGAGGUGGAACACUUGCAGCAGGCUCUACAAGAAUGUUUGUCCUCUUGUCCAGACGAUUCGCUGGACGAAAAACUUUUCAGCGAAACACUUCCUUUGGUGCAUCGCUUUUUAUCGCAGAUCUUGAAGCAGAUCCCUGAAACGAUAAGUACAAAUGCUGAAGAUGCAACAGAAAAUAUAAAACGACAAUUACUUAUGUGUCAAGAAUUGCUGAAUGUGAAAGAAAAAUCUUUGGAACGAGUGUCGUCGUUUCAAAAAACAUCUGCUAUGUGUUUUAAAUUCUUGAUAGAAAAUGUGCUUCUUUCAAUUAAAUUAAUCUUUGAGCACUGUCGAGAAAGCAAGAAAUUGUACGAAACUUUAUUCGAGGCUAUAUCAGAAAAAUUAGCGAUCCUCUUUCGCAAGGCGAAAACGAUCUUGAGUCUAUUCCUAGCCACUUUGGAGAGUGUAAUCGUUUUCGACACGGACAAGGAAUCGGAAACGGAACUGUUGAUAAAAGUGAUCGAUUUGAUCGGGUCCUUGGUUACUAUAUCUCAUGAGUUGGACGCAAAAACAUUUGUGGACGCGUCCAAAAUGUUUGGUAAAUUGGCAAUCAUGCACGAACUACACAUAAAACGUAUGAAAGCGGAUUGCGUUACUUCUCAUCUUGUGGAAAUGACAAAAGAUGCAACUAGGAUGCUCUCGUUGCUUCAGGACUCCCUCGACAAAGCGGAAGAAAGGAAGAUAAAAGUUAUUGGUCACACGUUAAAAAUUUUGGACAGAUUAUUUGCUACGUAUUGUUCCUGCUUGAACAACGACACGCUCCUCCCCAUAAUUGAACUUCUCUUACAAAUGCACAGGUGCAGUCCCUCGUGCUUGAAAGAAACACAGAAUUACAGCAAACUGAUCGAGUUAAUAAACAUUCACAUCUCGAGGGGCGCAGAGCCAUUUCUAAAUACCGUCUUUGAAGCACCCGAUUUCAAACAGACAUUCUUCGAGUAUGGCAGUCAAACAAGAAUCGACAAAUUGGGCUACCAUUUAUUAAUAAUUAACAUCAUGAAAAAACUGAUCAGUAUGCCGUACGAACAGCACUGUAAUUGGACAUUGGGCUCGGAAUCAAUCAUCGAUAUUGCAUUAUCGAACAUUGACGAUAUACAGGAAGAGAUCUGCGUGGGUGAAGUAAAGUUACCAGGUGCCCACGAAAUUGGAGAGAGACCACGACAAGCUUCACUGUACGAAGCUACACUGGUACCAAUCUGCAGUCUGAUCAGCCAAAUUCCAGCGGACGGAUUUCAUGCCAUCGAGUUAAUUUUAUUGAAACACCUGCUAAGUAUUCGGCUAUGGAGCUCUCUGUUGAGCUCAGACGUCUGGUGUUUCAUUGGCCGCAUCGGUUCGUCGGAGCUGUGUGCUAGUCACGUAAAAUAUUUGUUGAAAGUUUAUGCCGCUUUUACGAAGCGCGGUAAUAGUUUUGAAGUGAUCGUAUUGGAGAACUUAAUUGGAAGAUUGUAUAGUUUAUUGUCCGAAGAUACGAGACACGAUAUUGUGACGGAGCUGGAGGAUCUUGAGAAUCCAUUUUGGUUGCCGCUCGCGCGAUUUUUUCCAUCGAAAACGAAAUCGUUUAUACAGAAUCGUUUAGCUUGCAUAAUUGAUGACAUUCCUAAUGCGUUCUUGGAACUGCAACGACAACCGACUGUACAAAACUGGAAUCGUAUUAUGAUGCUGAUGCCCAUGAUUGGCAAACUGGAUUACGCAGGCGAAAAGCAUGCUAUUGAUAUGCUAUCACAGAUAUGGAACUCUAUCGCAAACACCAUUGAAUAUUGUGAAGGGAGACAGCUGGAUAUAUUGUCGGAGUUUAUGUUGGAAUUCUUCAGUGCUACGAAACCUAAAACCAUUCAGGACGAUACGUUCUUUACAAUCCUUGAAGCUGUUUUAGCAUCCUUCUUAUGCUUCUCGCCGCACGUAAAAGUAAUGGCAUCGCAUUAUUUAAGAAACAGUAUUAAUUCUUUUGGAAAUUGUGGCGUCAAAAGUUCGAACGCGUUAGCGGAGCUAAAUUGUCGACUAUUAGAAGACGAAAAUCCAUGGGUGCGACAAGAAGCCUUGGAAUCUUUCGAUCAUGUAGCUCAUAUGUGUCCAAACGAGGAUCUCGUUAGAACAAUGGCUGCUAUCGUCACAAGAAAGUCAUUGUUAAACGAUUUUUUACCGGCGUAUCUUUCCGGUACAACUUAUUACGAGCUGCAAGAUUUCUCUCAUGUCAAAUUUUAUCUGCAAUACGUGACUAGGAACGCUAACAACGUUUGUCAUGUUUGCUGCAGCUACGAGGAUUCUCAGAGGGACGAGAAACUCGCGAAACUGGAAACUCAAUCGGUUGAAAACUCGAACAAAAAUGCAUCCAGGAAUGAUCUGGAUGGACAAGUGAAUAAAAUAUGCGACGAGUUGAACGAUAUCUCAAAGAAGCACGAUGAAAUCAGUGAUCACGCUUUGCAAAGGCUGCGAUCAGUUUGUGCGAAAGUAUUGGAUUUGAUUGAGCCGCUUAAACGAUCCUAGAUUGUUUCGCGGUUCAAGUUCUUUGCUACGAAUAAUAACUAUAUUCACUCAAGGUUGCUAUGCACUGAAGAUUCCUUGAAUUGCUUGUUAAAUUUCGUAUUUAUUUUUAACUUUGGUAAAGCAGAAUAUAUAUGUUGUCUCUAUUUGCUAGGCAUUAAAAGUUACUUUCUUUUAUCCAAGUCGGUCGUAACAAAGAGGUUAAUCAUUAAUACUAUUAGGUAAAAAAGCAGAUACUGCUGUAUUGAGAGAAAUCUAUAGAAUCUUCCGGUACAAACAGAAUCUUAGUAACUUUUAUAGUUAUCUCACGAAAUUGAUGUGAAUUUGAAAAAUGUGCCUAUUUUUCAAAUCAAAUUUCUCAAAAUAAACUGGAGACAAACGGAUCAUAGAUUGAAAACGUUGAAAAAAGUUAAAAUUUGUUGGACAGUGUUAUUUAAUAAAACUCUAAACAUUCUAGUACUUAAAUUGUAUAAAUAGAUAUCAUUUAAAAAUAAAGAAAAUGAAAAGGAAAAUGGUAUCGUGCUUAUGAUAUCACACAUUCACAUUAUACAGUAUAUGUACAUAAAUGUGAGGCAUGAUCCGUCCAAUAGUCAGUUGCAUGAACACGUUGAAUGCGUGCAGUUUGCACGUGCAGGCUAGUCACGCGAAUGUCAGACAAGUGCAUAUACCUUACCGCGAUCUAGUAGUACAUUAUUGUUAUUAAAUAUAUAUUAAAUAUUAUUAAAUAUCUUAAAUUACUUAAGAAUUGAUACGUACAUUCGUUUUAUAAGUUGAUUUUUUUCAGGAGCAGUUCAAACAGUAUUCAUUGUGUUUAAGUUUUGUAGAUUUUUUAUAGUUUUAUAUGAAGCACAAUUGAAUAUAGUUUUCAUUGAAGAGAAUACUGUAAGUUAUUAUGUGUACAUGUAUAUGUAACACAAAAUUUAAUUUUUACUAAUAAACAAUUAUUCCAUGUAAAAUGCAAUUGGUUUAAAUAGUGUCAAGUAAAUUAUCUGCAAUAUUAAUUUUAUAAAAUACGGAAGAAAUUUUUUUUUUAUAUUAUUUGAAGUUAUAUUAAUCUGUAUAUUAAUUCUUACAUCUGCA